AGGCUGUGGCAGCGAGCUUAUUUCAUUUCAUUUGGCGACUUGGCGUGUUUCUGAACACUCUUUUUGUAUUCUAACUCUCCGGUAUCCACUAUCCAGUGUCCAGUUGGCUAACUUUAUAUUAUCGAAUUUAUAAAAUUUUAGCAAAAUGUUUUGGGGUUUGAUUUUGGAGCCCGGAAAGCGGUACAGUACCACCGUAGACAAAGCUUUCCAUGUUUCCAUGGCGUGCUUAGACUGUUCUUCUGUUAACUCAGAUACGGAAGUGCUGUACGUUCUGUUAGAGAACGACAAACAAGAAUACAGGAUUUGCAACUUGUCGAAACGCCACUGUUUCCAAGUCAACCUGGACCUUAGCUUCAUGACCGGCGACUCGAUUGCUUUCGAAUUGAAGGGGAGUGGAAUCGUCCAUCUGUCUGGUUACAUUCUUCCUGAAGAAGACGAUGAUUUUCCCGGUGAUGAGGAUGAUGAUGAUCUUGACGAAAUUGAAGACGAAGAAGACGAAUCGAUAACCGACAAGUUGAUGCUCAAGGGCUCGAAAAAAGCUCUGGACAAAGCCAUCAGGAAUGCUACGAAGAAGCAGAAAUUAGAGGAAUCUGAUGAUGAGGACGAUGAGGAGGAUGAUGAUGAUGAUGAUUUAUCAGCAGAUGACGAUGACGAAGAUGAUGAUGAAGAGACAGAGGAAGAGGAUGAUGAUGAAGAGGAGGAGGAGGAGGAUGUGGACGAGGAGGAGGUUGUGAAAGUUGUCCAGAAGUUGAAGAAGGGUCAGCAGCAGCAGCAGCAGGCACAGGCAAAGAAGGGUGGCCAAAGCCCUGCCGCCAAGGGGGGCAAGCCCCAGGCACCCGCCUCCAAGCCCCAGACACCAGCCUCCAAGCCCCAGACACCCACCAGCAAGCCACAGACUCCGGCUGGUAAAAUGCUCAAUGGAACCAGUCCCGAUAAUCAGCAGCAGUCUGGCAAGAAGCGCAAGAGAAAGAGCAAGGGAGGAGCAGCUGAUCAGCAGCAGCAGUCAAACACACCCAAUCAGCAGAAACAGGUGCCCAAUCAGCAGCAGCAGCAGCAACAGAACAGCCAACAGAAAAACAAGGCCAAGAAACAGCGCUUGAGCAACGGACUCACGAUAAAGGACCUGAAGGUUGGCAAUGGACCAGCUGCCAAGCCUGGCCAAACGGUUUCGGUGUGGUACGAGGGUCGGCUGCAGUCGACAGGCCGCACAUUCGACUCGUGCCGGCGUGGCGGGGCGCCGUUCAAGUUCCGCCUGGGACGCAACGAGGUGAUCAAGGCCUGGGACGAGGGUGUUGCCGGCAUGAAAGUAGGCGGCCAACGCACCAUUGUUUGUCCGCCAAACCUCGCGUACGGCAGUAGAGGAGCUCCCCCCGCUAUUCCACCCAACAGUACACUUGUCUUCCAGGUGGAAUUGAAGGCAGUGCAGUGAAAAUUCCUAAAAACACUCAUCAUAAUCUGCUGUUUCAACUAUUUGGGCCAUUUUAAGUGUCGCUCACAACAAUAUUAUUUUCAAGCUGUCGAGAGAAUUUCUUUACAAUUUUGUAUCAUGUUUAGCAGUAUUUUCAGUCAUGUUCGUUUGGAAAUAGUAGUAACAUUAACUUAUCAUUCCAUCAUAAUUUUUCUAUCAUAUUUGUACUAAAUAAAAAGUUGUCUGAUGGAGAUUUUUAAUAUUUAAAUAUGAGAACAAGAACUGUUAGUGUUGUUUCAAUUAUUUUUGUUUCAUGUUCUGUCAGUACAAUAUUGAAAUAAACACUCUUAUUAUCAGUCAUUACUAUGUUCAUAUUACAGUCAUAUUGUUCUUACUAUGCUUGAAUGUGAAAUAUUUCAAGUGGUGGAAAAUGACCUUCAUCAAAGGUUUGUCAGCUUUAUAGGUUUACUAUUUCUUCUGAAAUAAUUUUUUUUGCCACUAGAACUACUAUACUGUGCUAAAUGGUGGAUUAACUUGAUAUUUGUCAUAUUUUGUUCUUACUAUGCUUACUUGAAAAAUAUUUCAAGUUUUGGAAAGUGAGCUUCUUCAUCAGAGGGGCUGAUAUCAGCUUUAUUUAUAGGCUCCCUAUUUCUUCUGAACAUACAUAUUUUUUCCACUAGAAUAUUGUGAUAAAUGAUUGAUAUUUUAUUAUUGCUGACAUGUCGAUUCUGCAACUGUUUCCAUAGCUGUUCAGCUAUGAUAUUGGAUUGAAUAGAUUUUUUUAUUGUAUCACGAAGCUACUUUUUAUAUUUGUAAUAAUUUUUCAAUUAGACACUCAAUUUACAAUUCAAAACACAGAAAAAAAACUUGAAUAUUUGCUACACUUCUGAACUAUUAAUAUUGUAUGGCGUUAAAGACUGUUAUAUCUAAUGUUAUAUUUGAAAUAUCGGACAGUUGAUUAAGUUUUGGAUUAGUUGAUUUUCAAAAUUGAUUUGUGUUACAGUUCAUUCUUGUUUCGGUUAAUAAUAAUGCUGGUAAAGUUUCUUCCUUAUAGUUUUAGAGUUCUUUUUAUAAUGAUGUUUUCUAGAUUUUAAGACUAUCUUGUUAAGAGAUGCUGUUGUACCAUGAUGAGCACAUGUUACAUUGUGUAAAUAUAAGCUAAUUUCGAAAAA